UUUCGUUACCACCCGUAAACGCACAUUCCACUAGUAAGGUGGGAUCCUUGGAGCAGCAUGAAUUUACUAAAUUUGUCGCUAGAAAAUGUAAACUCUGCUACAGAGGAUCACAAACGGGAAGCCCUGUUCUAUGAAUUGCUCAAAUUUGAAGAUGAUGUUUCACAAAAAUCUAAAUCCGAGAAAGAAGCAAUACUUCGAGAUGCCUUCCAGGAGUUAUUUAACUGUAUUAAAAAUUAUAGUGAUUAUUUUGGAUAUCCGACAAGAAAGCUGGUAGGAAUGUGUUUGGAAUCUCUUUACAAAGAUGUCGAAGGUUAUAGACUGGCACAAGACAUCAAUACACUUUGUGAUAGCACCUCCCAGGCAAAGGAUCAGAAAGUUAUACUAAACUUUUUAUCAAUUAUAACUUCCUUAAUAAAAGAAUAUGGAACAAGAAUAUCACAACUGGAACCUAUGUUAAGACUAUUCUUGCGGUUUUCUAAGAAUAACUGCUCUUACGGUCUAAGGGCAAAAGCACUAGAGGGCAUUGCUUUUAUAUUGAAAUCUUCUUCUGACUUUUUAAUUGAACAAGCCUAUAAGGACAUACUGAAAAAUUUACGCACUAACAUUAAGAGUUCCUGUAUCAAUGUACAGUGUUCUGCACUUCAAUGUGCUGCCGAACUCAUGCGUAAAUGUCAAUUCUCUUUAAAAACUUCAGAUUAUGAAUGGUUAAAAUCUAUAGUUUUGAAGAAGUUAGUCAGUCCCUCCGAAUAUUCUUUCUCCUACCUUGCAGAUUGUACAGCCGCAUUGGCUUUAUGUACCUCUCGUGAACUUAUUUAUGCUGAAAUUCAAAAGAAGAGCAAUGCAAACGAGGCACCUCCGAUUUCAAAAAUUACCUUUGAUCAACACGCUCUUCUUGAUUUAUCUAUGCAAUUUCUGGGCUCUCUUUAUUCUCAGAAACAAUUUCUGACUUCAGAAUGUAAAACCAUUGUCACUGCUUCCUACUUGAAGUUAUUUUCACUGUUUGAGAAGGAUCUUUUAAACGAACAUAUCGACACCGUUGUAAAGAAUCUACUUCUCAGUACUCGUCUUGUUCAGCCAACGAAAUCUGUUUUUAUGCAACAACAAGCAGCACAACAAAAAGGCAAUACUGAUGAGCUACACAAAUCACACAUCUCCUUUGUUUUCUCAAGCUUUUUCGAUUCUCAACAAUUAGAUCAAAGUUCUGAACUUCAGGCAUUAAAGUCUCUUCUGGAUAUUACAAAUGAAUUCAACAAGGACACCGAAUCAUUGCAAAAAAUUCAGGCUACUUGUGCGCUGGAAGCCAUUGAACUGCUUAUUGUUCGUCUCAAAAGCUCGGUGCUUACUGUGCAGGAGGAAUUGUUAUCUUGUUUGGUUUGCACACUAAAGAAUAAUGAGACAGCCAUUUCAUUUCGUGCAGCUAAAUGCCUUCAAUGUUUCCUUAUUAUUGCUCCCAGCAAUAUAAUGACCGUUUAUAAUGAGUUUUCCACAGAACUAAAGUCCUGUUUUGAAGAGGUCGUGACACCUCAUGAACGCAUAGAUGCAACAUUCAAUCGCCUAGACAAUCUAACAAUAGGACUAAUUGCCGUCACUGUGGCUGCAAGAAAGCAGCCUCUCUAUGUUUCAUCCUCAAUGUUUUCAGAAUUAUUUCAAACUGCAUUGAGCCUUAUUAAGGCAUCCUCAAAGAAUGACUUCUUAAUUGCACAAACGGAAAUUAAAUCUGGUUGGCGUCUCUUAUCUGUUUAUGUUUCGCUGGGUCCCUCGUUUACUCGGAUGCAGCUGUCUCAGUUACUGCUUUUAUGGAAAAAUUCGUUACCAAAGCCGCCCGACUCAAUUCGUACACUAAAUGUCAUGGAAAUAAAUGUUGAUUUAUUCACACGACUUGAGUCACUACAGGCCCUUCGUUCAUUCCUGAAACAUAACCAUGCUUUAAUUACACCGGACGUCCGAAAAAGAGUAAUUAUUUACCUUAAUAAUUCCCUUGUUUUUUUGAAAGAAAUACCGGAAAUUCGAAGAAUUGAACUUGGAAUUCGUAUACCUGGCUCGAGUAUGCUUCAUCCUGAAUUAAAACUGAUGGUCCGACUCUUGGUGUUUGAAUGCUUCCUUAAGCUUUCAGCUGUUGAUGGUGUGCAGCUUGAUGAUCAAGAAUUGCUUUGGAGUACUGUUUCUCUUUUCUCAAGUACAUCUGUUUUGGAGUCUCAACAAUUUGUAAAUGACUUCUUUCAGUCUGCACCUUUUGUAUCGGAUAAGUACGUGUUGGGAUCAUCCACCAUAACAGAAUCGGGUAUCUCUGUGAUCAACUGUGAGCAAGAAAGUAUGUGGGUUACUUUGCAGAAAAAGUGGUUCCCCGAACCAUCAUUUUAUGUUUUCAGUUUGAUCGAUCCCGAUGAAGGACAGGAAGAAACGAAUUAUGCACCUUUUGUUUCAAUUGUCGAUGAUGCUAUUAAGCUCUUUUCCGUGAUCUUUUGCAGUCAACCUUCUAAAGUCCUUGAGAGCUUGGUGGAAUUGCUGAAUUCAACGGUAGAUGCAGCCAUAAAAAACAAGGAUGUUGAUAGAGGGAAAAUUGUUAUAUAUAACUCUGUCAUUGCUCUUAGUAUGGCUCUCAAUGAAUGCGUGAAACGCAAAGUUUCCUUUGGAGUAACCUUGACUGCUUUGGUAAAUGAAUUUCUUGCGAACAUCACUCCGAUAGCAGACGAGGAUGUUACGGUUCCCUUGGCUCAUUCUUAUGGCUCGCUUUCUGUUUUGAUUGAUCGAACAAACGCUCUGCAAAUACUUGAGCCAUUCUUGCAAAAGAUUGCUCAAAAUCGACAACCUACCUACCGGAUGAAUGCUAUAUUCACUGUCGGAUAUAUAUCUAGAAAGCUCGGCACUGCUAUUCCAAAAGUCCUUGUUUCGAAAAUUCAUCAGACUAUUCUUGCCUUAUGUCAAGAUGAUCAUCCUUUGAUUCGGAAAUGGUCAUUGCUUACAAUGAUUCGUUCUCUUCGUACAGUGUCUACUUCAAUUCCUUCGGCACCUUUAUCUCAACUAAGCUUUUUGACAAAACUUAUGGUAUCUUCUCAUAGUGAUUCUGAAGCACUAUUGUUAAAAUCAAGCGAAGAACCCGCGUACCCGAUUAAUCUGUAUGCAGAAUUCUUGGAUUGUGUAAUAAACGAGCUCGGCCCAAGCUUGCAGGAAGACACAAGCUUAGGAAACUUGGCCUAUAAUCUAGUGCGACAGCUUCAUUUUAUGUGUGAUACCAACAGUUUAAGCAUGACCAGUGUUUUCCACUGUUACCAGCAUUUGUACUUGUUCACGCCCAUUACAUCUCAAUCAAAUGCUUUUGUUACUAUGCUAUUUUAUUAUAUCACUAAUCUGAAUGAGCCUCAGCUUCGAAGUGAAGCAAUAGCUGUCUUAUAUCAGAUAUUAUUACAGAAUCACCAAUUCUCGGAAGUUUGUUACAAAAAGCAUCUUGAUAAACUAAUUUGGCGAUCCUUAGACACCACACCUGAUGAAAAAUACUUGAAGUAUAUCCUUUACACUUGGUUGAAAGAUAAUGAAUUUAACGACACUGCAUAUUGGCUUAAUACACUUCUUAAUGUCUUGUCCUCAAAGAAAGCGACUUCUGAUCAUCCGGAAUCAGCAGAAAAUAGAUAUGAUAACGACAUUGACGAGGAUGUUGUCUCCUUAGCUCGCUCAACUAAUUCAACAAAAUCUACGAGACAACAGACUUUUCGUUGGCAGACUCAGCUAUUUGCAGCAGAUUGCUUUAUUAACUUGCUAACUGAUAUAAUGCAACAUGAUGAAGAGUCGAGCAAAUUCUUGGCUUCUCGUGUAUCAGAAAUUGUCAGUGCCUCAUUCGUGUUGUCAACAUCAGAUAAUGAGAAGCUUAGCAUCUCUGGACUUCGAUUGCUAAACGCGAUUAUCACACACUUUAGUACGUUCAAAGAUCCAGACUUUCCAGAUAUAUCUAUUCUUAAUCAGUUUGAGGCUCAAAUCAGUUCUGCAAUAACCUCCACGUUUUCAAAGGAUGCAUCUCCAGAGGUUAUGUCGUUAUCGCUGGCAGCAAACGCAAACUUUUUGAGUUCUGGUUUGGUCGACAAAUUAACUGAGAGUAAUCGUGCUUUCAAAACACUUUUGACAGCUCUUGAUUUUAGCUUAAAGGGAGCGGUGGAAGACAGUUCUGAUAACUUAUUUAAGCAUGAUGCUAAGUUUGUUCUUCGUGUAGCUACUCUUUCAGCGUGGGCUCAGUUGUUGACGAAUUCCUUACAGUAUGAAAGUUUACGUGAAUCGAUAGAUCCUUUGUUACCUAUGUUGAUACCACACUGGAUUUCAUCACUACGUUCAUACUCGAGGCUUCAAUUUGGUUCGUACCUCGUACGAGACUUUAUUGCUGAUACUACAAACACUCGUGUUCAGUGUAUCAACCCACAGUUGCUCUUAAAAAUACACCAGCAAACAUGGCUUAAUAUUGCUGAAGCAUUGUGUUUACUGCUUAAAGAGAAUCGAGAACUUGUGCUAAGCACAUUCGACGCAGAUCAAUUUUCAACCGCAGAGGGUGAUAUUUUUUUCCAGGAUAGUGUGAAUUACACUCAGAAUCCGGAUGCGUUCAACUUCUUCAUUUUUGGGUUAGCUCUUCAAUCGUUACUGAAUCCAGAGGUACUUGCGCCCUUUGAGUUACCAGUUUUGCGUAUAAUGAAAGCGCUUACAGUUACUAUUAGUAAACGUCUGUGUUCCGACGUGAUAUUUGAGCCUUCUGUUUUCCCUGAGGUGGUGGAUAUAUUCACACGUCUUGUUUUGACAGAAAGCUGGGAAACAAAAACAGCAAUUAUCAAACUAUCAACUCUAAUUGCUACUAAUCAUCCUUGCAUUGAAGAGAUACGUGCAUCUGAUACUGCCUCAUUUGUUGCAAUGCAAGAAUCUGUUUCCCAUGGCGUCGAACAACUUUUCCAACUUAUAAAGAUUAUCACCCUUGCUCUGACAAUUCGUCUUCCAGGCUUAAGAUCAACCUCAGCUAGCACGUCUCUUCAUACUCAAUCGGUCUACUUUGUUGUGCCUUGUUUGGAUAGUUUCUUGCAAAUUGCUGAUCUUUUUCCCGUUCUUAUACGUAUCGAUCUGUACGCAGCAGCUUUACAUAUCUAUGAGGUGCUUUUGGAUGAUGCAGAUUCGAUGAAGCAUCACAUGGGUGAACUUCUGAAUGUUUACAAAAAGCUUGUUUUAGCUUUAGUUAAUCUUGAUCGACACGAGUGUGAUAUGCUUUUGUAUACAUAUAUCGAAAGAACGAAUUUGGUUAUUCGGGCAUCACUGACUGAUGAUGGAAACAAACAGAAAGGCAUCAUGGCAACAUUAAGCAUUCUUGUUUUAAUGAACGUUGCAUAUAAAAAAAUUGAUGGAGAGCAACGAGUAGUACAAAACUUUUUGGAACUGCUUUUCGAGAUGUUGCAUUAUGAAGAGAUGGUAUCUAUUGCAGCUCAAGGAAUAUGUUCAAUGCUUCUUGUGCAUAGUAAAGAAGAGAAUACGAGUGCAUCAUGUCGCUUGUUAAUUUCAAGGACUGUCACAUCUCUUCAAGACAGUGUUAUUUCACAGAAAGAAGAGUUUGUUGCUACGGUGUUGAACACACUUUUGCUCGUGUCUAAAUCUUUCAGGAAAGAUAAGCGUAGAGAGUUUUUAUACAUUUCUAUUCCGAUUGUUACGCACUUUUCUGUGAUGGUUUCAAGCCACGAUGAUUUAAAGAUGUUGGGAACCAGUCUUUACGAAAUUGUUUCUGACCAAUCGGAAAAUCUGCAAGAGGUAUUUACAGGAUUAUCAGAGAAGCAAAAGAAGAACUUCGAGCAGCUACUGAAAGCUUCUGUGGCGGAUGCUUAAUAUGAAUUUUUAACGAAAUAAUCACUUGUUUUUGGUAUCUUUCUUUAAAAAAUGGUAUGUUUGUUCAUAAACUAGUAAUGUUAUACAUGUUUGUGGUACAACGCGUAGUAAGUGAAACGAAUAUCUAGUUGUGUCAUCGAGUUAGCGUUAUCUUAAGAACAAUAUUUUACCCUUUAUACAAGUCUGCAAUUAUCUGAGGCAGCCGCAAGCUCAUCAAUGAUUUUGAAUCUGUAAUUCGUAGGGUGUCCCUCACUUGAAGACGAGUGCGAAAGACCAUUACUGGGUACAUUAGAAGAGAAGAAAACACUUUUGAGAGUG